AUGGCAGAGAAUGCCAUAUCGUCGGUGGUGUUGAUGUUCGAGUUCUCUGGUGGCGACCGCGUAGGCAGCGACGAAAUCAUGGUCUCCUUCGAUGUGACGUCGUUAUUCACAUCCAUCCCACCAAACGUGGCCCGCGAAGUCUUGCGCAAGAGACUUGAAGAGGCGUAUGAUGAGACUCAAAAUGCCCUCAAAAUUGAACACCUAAUGAGGCUGUUUGAAUUCUGCCAACAAACUUUCUUUACUUUUGCGGGAGAGACCUAUGAACAAAUCAAGGGAACCCCAAUGGGCUCGCCGGUCUCCGGUUUGGUGGCAGAACUGGUCCUACAGGAGUUAGAAAAGAUUGCCUUCCUCCAACAUGAACCGGUGUUUUGGCGACGUUACGCUGACGACACGUUCGUCAUCGUAAAGAAGGACAUGCUGCAACACUUAUACAGCCUGCUCAACGCGUCUUCCCGGAUAUAA